AUGGUCAAUCCUCGUACCGAUGGAUGGACUGAGAAAGCAUUUUCUCAUAUGAUCAUAUCUUAUUCGGGUCAUGUCAAGGUCGAUUUGGACUUUGUGUCGUUUCAUGUGGAGUAUACUUACCUCAGUGCCACCUCACCCCUUUUUCUAAAAUUUAAAUCAAUUUCAAAUCCAGCUUGGCACCAAGCUGGACCUAUCCUAUUCUACCGGCACAAAAAGGGGCAAAUUUCCCAAGCCUUGGACCUGUUUCACGGGGGAGUUAAGGUGGGUGCAGCCGCCUCCUCAUUCAAACCUACUUUGGGAGCCAAGGUGGCGAGACAAUUUUUUCAAAUAUCUUGUCUCUCUUUUCUUUCUAGUUGCAGCCAAGAGGAAGAAGAAGAAGAAGAAGAAGCCAAGAAGAGGAGGAGCAGCCAUCGUCUAAGCUCCCUCUCUCUCCCCCCAUUCCUUGCUUCUAGAUUUGCUAAGCAAGGUGACUUUCUUCUUCUAGCUUUGCUAAGCUCCAAUCCAAGCUUGGAUUCUUGCUUAGGAUUGCUUGAUCUAGAGAACAAGCAAGGAAAAGCCUCAAGCACCAAGGCUGACCACAGGGAAGAGCUUCAUUUAGCUCUCUUCAAGAACAGAAAGAAGGGGCACCUAUUUGCAACCCAGACUUUGCGACAGCAGCCGUCUUCAUUGCUGAAAGGUGCUUGUAGCAGGAGAAGGUUGCUGGACGAAAGAAGGAAUGAGCAGGGUGCUAUUGCGGAGAAGAAAGACAGGAGGGAGAAAAAAAGUGAAAGUGAAAAAAUUAUACCUGUUCAUGACAAAUUUCAUAUCGACUCUCAAAAUUUUUAAGUCUUGUAUGUUUUCACAUUUUGAUUUCCUUCCCAUUCCAUCAAACUAAGAAAUAACUUUUCAGGAAACAUUUUUCAACCCCAUCAAACACACAACACAAUUGGAAUAGGCACCAACUUUCCUGGUUCCAUUUUUCCUAGAAAGAUAUUUCUAGAAAUUUCUUUCCAUUCUUAUGUUUCCAAACCAUCAAACAUUACCUUAAAGAUCCGUGCGUUAUAAGAGCAUAAGAGCAAAAGAAAGAGUCUGUA